GUUGGUGCAAGAAAUGUAUGCAAAACGGUUGGACCAGUGGUAACGAACAAAUCGACAAACUGAUCCAAGAAACCCAACGCAAGGCUAGCGCGUGGUCCGACAACUAUUUAGAAUGGAUUAACUACGAUCAAUUUAGCAAGAUUAGAGAGAUCGGAGAAGGUGCGUUCAGCGUCGUUUACAAGGCCACUUGGUCGGACGGACGUCGAACAGAUGAUAAGGAAAAGCGAUGUUCUAGGACGGAACCUAUCACUGUAGCAUUAAAGUGCAUCAAGAAUUCCCAGAGCAUCACUCCGUACUACAUUCAAAAUCUUAAAACUUAUUACCGUCACUUCUCCACAGAAUGUCCGAAACGCAUUCUCAACUACCUCGAAUUCUACGGCAUCACUCAAAGCCCUUAUACCG